AUGGAAACCUCAGACUUUGAGGUCCGUAUACCUGUACAUCCGGGCGACAAAGAAGACUACAAUGACAUCAGCAUGCUAGACACGUCUUCCAGCGAUGCUGGCUUCUCAAGUGAAGAGGAAACCCCAAGCAACGAUCAAAUCUUACAAGAAGAAAAGCCAAGCUUGACUAUUGUCAAUGAAGAACUGGAGGAACUGGAGGGAAAGUCGAGGGAGGGCAUCCAUAUCCUUGAGAAGCUGGAAACCAUAUUGAAGAAAUAUCCAUCUUCCACUGGGGCCAAUGAAGCCCUACGCAAACAAAUCUUGGAGACUAUGGAUCAAGGCAAGAAUCAUCCCACAAUCACAAUUGGCGUUGUUGGUGCCACUGGUGCUGGCAAGUCAUCUCUCAUAAAUGCGCUUCUAGGAGAGAAACGUUUGGUUCCUACUAGUGGAAUGAGGGCAUGCACAGCGGCGAUUACAGAAAUCUCAUAUUGUCACGGGCCAUGGAACUAUGAGGCUGAGAUUCAGUUUGUAUCUCGGUCAGCGUGGAAGGAGGAAAUGCGUCUUCUCUUCGAAGACAUGCAGGACGGUCUUGAUGAACUUCCUUCCACUUAUGACUCUGAAUUUGGCAUAGCAUGUGCCAAAUUUAAAGCCGUAUACCGUCUUGAUCCCGAGGAUACCCGCACAAUGUCCAUUGAAAAAAUCAUGGAAGUCCCUAACGUUGCUGCCGUUCUUGGUUCAACCAAGUACGUAUCUAGAAACAAUGCAACUGACUUCUACAAUGAGCUUAAAAAAUAUGUGGAUAGUGAACCACAUUCUCUAGUUUCAGACCAGGAUAUCAUGGAUACUAAUAAUACAAUACCACAGAAUAAGCCUGUGCAAUUGUGGCCACUUGUCGAGCUAGUGCGCCUACAUGUCAAAGCACCCGUUUUGUCCACUGGGGUAGUUCUUGUGGACCUUCCAGGGUUGCUGGACGUCAACACGGCCAGGGGAACUUUGGCUCAAAAAUACAUAAAAAAUUGCUCUGGUCUGUGGGUAGUCGCACCCAUCACCCGAGCUGUCGAUGGUCACUCAGCGAAGACACUUCUAGGGGAUGGUUUCAAGCGGCAGCUGCAGCUCGAUGGUGUGAUGGGCCAGCUGGCUUUUAUCUGCAGCAAGACCGAUGAUAUCAACUUGUCGGAGGCAGCGGAUAACCUCGGACUCAAAUAUGCGAGAGAAGCGUUGGAUAAUGUUUGUGAAGAAAAAAAGCAGCGGGCCAAAGCCAUAGGCUUGAAAAUACAGAGCCUUAAACAAAAGGACAAGCGCAUAAGGUUGAAGCUAGAGAAACUGAUCGACUUUGCGAUACAGGACGAUACCGAAGUUGCCCCCGAGAUCAACUCUAUACAGAGCCCUUCUAACCAUGGUGCUAAAAACAUAUCUCUAUCGCCAUCACCCAGCCCUCGAAAGCGCGAGUUGAUGGUUUCCAAAAAGAAUCUGACAGAAAAUCAAGCCACAAUUAAGGCCGAACUCCAAUCUCUUGAGACUGAGGUUUUAUCUGUUAGAAAGGAGAUAAAACUUAAGCAACGCGAAUUUGAGCGUUGCUGCAUCGAGAAACGCAAUGAGUAUUCCGAUGCUCACAUAAGAGAGGAUUUCGUGGCUGGACUUCUUCAUCCCAGAAGCACCAGCGAAGACGAAGGUAGUGAAGACAGAGAAAUUCCAAUGACGAAAGAAAAAUUAGACGUUUUUUGCGUGUCAUCUAAGGCAUUUCAGAUAUUGGAAGGUAGGUUAAAGGAGCACAAAGUAAUGAAGGGGUUUAUAACCCCCGAGGAUACUGGAAUACCCCAGCUCCAAAGAUAUUGUUUGAACCUAGGCUUUGCGGCCCGUAUGGCAAAGCAUACCGAUUUCCUGAAUAACCUUGGCCAAUUAGUCAAUAGUUUGCAGCUUCAGGCGUCAGGGCAAGAUAAAUUGUCACUCAGGUCAAAUCAGGACGACCAGGAAUUACUUCAGGCUGAGUUCAACAAACUCAAGGAGGUUUUAAACACCACGAUUCUCAACCUAUCAAAAGCCCUGUUGGGAAUAAGGCAGCAUCUAUAUGCUAGUCUUGGUAUGUCCCGUUUCCAAGUUGCGUCGAGAAGUUUGAAGUUAAUAUGUGUAGAUGGUGCCGCCAUUGCAGCUAAGAAUGCGGCUGAAAGGGCGCCACCUCGGUGGAACCGAGUCAAGAAGGAUGGAGGGAUAUCAUAUCCCACGUACAAAGCCAUCUGCCGGAGAUCUGGUGAAUUUCGUGAUGGCAAGGGGAAUCGCUACAAUUGGAAUAAAGAGCUGGCUGACCCAUUAAUGGCAAUUAUUGGGCUAACCUGGGAAAGGACCUUUACCAGGCAGAUCCCUCAUCUACUCAACAAAACUUCAGAUUCUCUACGGAGAGAUAUAGGUGAAUUUCACAAGAACGUAAUGAAAAAUGUCCGAACGCUUAAUGAAAGCGACUCACGAUCCAAAAUCUUAAACGAUCAAUGUUUAAGAUAUAAGGAAAAGAUCAAGCAAAUUAUCCAUUUUAUCACCGAUAAAAUAGAUUCUAAGCAAAAGGAGCUGAACCGUAUUUUUGUCCCAAGCAUAACAACGGCUUUGAAACCUGCCUACAUUGAAGUUUCCACAAUCAAGGGAGCUGGUGCAUUUCCGAAAAUAAAGGCCAUAAUUGCUAACAGUGUAUCUCAGUCCAAGAACGACAUGUUCCUAGGAACCGUCGAUUUUAUCAAAAUGGAACUCGAAGAGUUAGUCAACGCCCUUGUUGACUUAAUCGACCUCGACGUCGAGAGGAUUUUCGAUGAUAUGGGUGACGAUUACUUGACGGGGGUGAAAAGCUCAAGCGAAAUGAUGGACAAAUCUCUCAAGGAGGAGCUAAUUUCAUUUUUGAAUAGUACGUCACUCUUUGGUGACAUUGCCAGAGAAGAAGAGCUGCCUGGAGAUAAUGCAGAUCCAACGGACACCGUUCUGGAUUCCAAGCCAACAGUAGUGACUACUAUGAACGGCUCCGAAGUCAAGCAUGAGCUUGAGCACAUGGAUAACUGA